AGUAUAUUGAGUGUGUCGAGGCCUUGGUGUCGAACCAUUUUUUCGUCGUUGGUUUUCGUCGGUCCCUCGGGACGAGCUGAGCAAUAACGCACCUAUCGUUCGUCGUUAUCUGUAUUGGACGUCAAACCCAAUACACUCUGGAAGCCGAAAUUAUGUGUGAAGUUGAAGUGCGGUGGUUGUGCGCCGGUGAUGGCCGCAGAAAAUAUAAGCACACGUGGUGAGGCAAGCUGAGCCGGUCGUUUCGUUACAUGGACCGUUGAAGAGAAUUGAAUUAAAAAUGGCAAAGCAGCAUCUAUUGUAUGUGGCAUUUUUAGCCACACUUCUGGUGCCACACAUCUUGGCCAAUGAGCCGGGCCCGUGCGACGUCGAACCGGCGCUCAACUGCACGGCCUGCCUGGCGCUGGCCCCCGACUGCAGCUGGUUCGUCUGCGAGCUGGACGGCAGCGCGCUGUGUGCCAACGCGACCGCAGGCGCCGCAGAGGGCUGCCACCCGGGCAAUGCCACCGACUGUACCGAAGCUGGCCCGGAUGAUCCGACGACCACCGUGUUCCCCACCACCACUGAGCCGCCUACGACCACUGAGCCGCCCACCACUGAGCCGCCCACCACUGAGCCGCCCACCACCGAGCCUCCUACUGAGCCGCCCACCACUACCGAGCCUCCUACUGAGCCGCCCACCACUACCGUGCCUCCAACUGAGCCGCCCACCACUACCGAGCCGCCGCCCACCACUGAGGCGCCUACCGAGCUGCCCACCACCACAGAAGUGCCGACCACGAUGGCUCCGCAGCCGACGCCGGGCCCGACUCCUGCGCCUCGCACCGGUGGCUUCAGCUUCGGCAGUUUUGUCGGCGGCAUGGUGUUCUGUAUGGUGAUCUUCGCCGGCGUGUUCGUCGGUCUCAAGAUCUACCGGCGUCGGCAGGCCAUGACUGGACGGUACAACAACCUCUGGGGUAACGAUUCGGAGCGGAUGCAUCUAACCAUUUGAGGCUGGACCGCCCAGUGCACAAGCGUCCCCGCCUGAGCCGCGGUCUCCGUCCGUGGGCAGCGUCGACGGCUCCGUGGUGCGGGUCUGUGGCUCUAGAUCCGCAGACUGCCUGCUGUACGGGCCUGAGAGUAGCGGACGGUCUACGGGUGGCUCUCCGUGCAGAGAUACGACGCCGGCUUCCGGAGCCCAUGGCUCGCUGUGAUAGUGCGGCGCGUUCGGCGGUCCAGUCUCGGCGGCGGAACAGAGAGGAUUGUUCACCCGGCCUGCAGAGGGGUGGCUUGCGGCUACGCACCGCCGGGUGCCUGUUGUCCGCCCUGAGGCUGGGAUAAGCCGCAGGGAAGUCAAUUUUGAUAUAUUACGAGCGUUGAAGGGUGUAUUAUGCAGGUUAACUUUGCGUCUAGUCUGAUGAUAUACCGCGGGAGCCUUUUGCGGUUAUCGCUUUCUAAGAUUGUAUGCGUGUUGUCUGGUUGUCGCGUCGUGUUCCUGGGGAUGAACGCAGCUGGCGUCUGGCAUUUCCUGAUACCGUAUCUUUAUCGUAAAAUUCCAACUGUUACCCGCACGCGUAUCCUUGCCCCAUACUGCAUGUCGCUAUCUUUAGAAUAUCACUGUAACGAUCGCGUCUGCCACAAGCGUCGUUCCUUUAAAGUUCUGAGCUGUUACGGCCACGCCUGUCACGAUCGCUAUCGCUUCGUAUAAUUAUUUUUCUACUCCAUUUGUACAUACAGUCUGCGUGUGUCGCUCGUCGUUAGCUCGCCAUUGCCUCCUAGUGCCGGCCGUUCGUCGUGAGUUUAGUCUAACGCAUCAAUUCCAGCUGUCAAGCAACUGGGAAACUGUGCCACGUCUGCCUCUCGAUUCUAGCUCGUCUUUCUGCCGCAGGGUAUUGUUUGCGAAUUGUCUAUCGCUCGAGCCUAGUGCCACAUUAGCUUAGAAUCGCGCAAAUGCAGCGCUGUGUUUGUUAUGUACGCCGGCAGCUAUAACGCAGGCAUGUCGAUCGGUUUGUACAAAUGGGUUGGUGUUGUAAGGCGCUACUGCGCGUGUCGCGUGUCACGCUGCACCUGUGUCGGGAAGUUGCGCAGGUGUUGUCUCCGGCCAGUCGGGUCCGCAGUCCGCUGAGGUCGCGAAGAAAACCGCCGUCGGCGCUGUGACUUCCAAAGGUACAGCUUCAACGGGCUAUCAACGACCUAUCGGCUCAGCGACAGACGGAAAUACAGGAUCAAGUCCACA